CAAAACAGGUGGACGCCCGCCGCCUCAAGGCUGCUGGGUGACCAAACUUUUCCAGACCAUGUUCAUUCUUGGUCUCCUCUUUCAUUACACCACCCACACAGAUGCUCACCACCACCGCAUCCUCCCCGACGUUUCCAUCGCUUCAAGUCAUCAACACCAUCUCGCGCAACGCCGCCGCGAAAUAAAAGUGCGACGCCAAAACUCCAGCGCCUAGACCGGGAGACAAGACCGACGCUGCUUGCUCCCUCCGCG